UAGCAUUCCAACUCCACCUUUGUCACUUCCAUUUCUGCAUCUGCGACUCUGCAUCCGUUCUCUCUGCGCAGGCCAUUCAAUUUGACUCUCGCAAGUUCCUGCGAUAUGCGCGUGGACGCAGACGGUGACAGUGAGAAUCUGUUCAAGACUUCAGAAUUCCGCCGUAGCGCAGGUAUGCCCACCUAUUCCUAGGCGCUACCAAUGGUGCAAAUGUCAAUAAAGCCCUUGUACGGCCUCCUGCUCCGAAUAUAUCUUCAACAAGGUAUUAUGAAGGUGGCAUGUCUUCUGUGUAUCUUUGGGAUCUCGAAGAUGGCGGAUUUGCAGGCGUUGCGUUACUCAAGAAGGCAAUGGUACCCACAAGCCCAGACGAGCCCUCAGAUUCAUGGGACUCGAUCCAUAUCUUAGAAACUGCGGAGUGUGGAAGACGAGUGCCCUACAAGCUCACAUCUACAGUCAUGUUGGAGCUCGUGACAAAACAGAACAAUAAGGCCGAUAAAGCCUCCGUUCUCGUCGAGCCAGCAAAAAUGGUUCCCGAGCAAGGAUGGAAGUCGUCGGGCGAAAUCACCUUACGUGGAAGCAUGACGAGACAGAUAUCCUCCCCAGUACUUACUACGCCAUCAUUCGAAUAUUCAAUGACAAUGACAAUGUUCAACGUCAUACGCAUGCACCGAUAUUAGGCCCAAAGAUUAAUAUUUGCGCCACACCGAUUUCUUGUACUCCAUAAUGAUUAUCCC